UAUGUUUACCAGCCAUACUGUACCUGUCACAUCGAUUUUGAUUGUUUCGCAUGGUGGAAGUCCAUUCAAGAGUUCCCAUCGAUCAGAUAAAAAUAAAGAUUUUGAAGUUAUGUCUGAGACGGAAUCCACAAGUGACAAAAAGCCAGAAGUGUCCAAUGACGACUCGGUAUCUACAGGAAAUGACAAGGGAUCAGAAAACCAAAGUACUAAAGUUGAUAUCUUACUAAAUGCGACAGGAAAUGUUCCCAUAAUGAAAAAGCGACGAUGGGCUGUUGAUCAGGAGAAGCCUAUUAGCUGGAUUAUGAAAUUUGUUCAUAAAUAUUUGAAGCUUGACCCAGAGGAGAAAUUGUUUUUGUACGUCAAUCAAACAUUCGCCCCAUCACCUGACCAAAUAGUGAAAAAUCUGUACGAAUGCCAUGGAACCAAUGGCAAGCUGGUUCUCUACUACUGCAAAAGCCAGGCGUGGGGCUAAAUGCACAGGAUCGAGCUCGGCAGUGCAAUGAGCCCCCUAAUUAUAAGCUCCACUACCUUAAUGUAAAUAUUUCGAUAUCGAUGUAAACACAAAAGUCGAAUAAAAGACGAUUUUCCAUCUCUUAA